CAAAUGUCAUAGAAGAAAAACAAAUGUUGAUAACAUUUCGCACUAGGUACUUCACAAAUCUUUAUUCUUCUGUUUAAUGCGCAAAUUUAACAGCACAAUAGGUACAAUAUUUAUUCAAUUUAAUAAUAAAGCCAUAAACUUUUACCUGUUAACUGUGAGACUGAUUUUUUAUUUUUUGUUCAAUGCUUGCUAGGGUCGUUAAUUCGUUGCCAUUCGGGCUUUCUCAACGAAUAACAAGACUUUACUUUCAGGCUUUGGUCUGGAAUCAACGCACAAGUCACAGUAAACCGGAAUUCCAUCAAUUUAAAAACAUGGAUGUUAAAAUUCUGCCUGCUUUAAAAGACAAUUACAUGUACUUAAUUGUUGAUAAAGCAACGAAAGAAGCGGCAAUAGUGGAUCCAGUGGAACCAAAUACUGUUUUGAAAGCUGUAGAGGAGCAGGGUGUCACCUUAACUAAAGUACUCACUACGCAUCACCAUUGGGACCAUGCAGGAGGCAAUGAGGACCUAGUGAAAAUGCACCCUGGUUUAGAAGUAUAUGGGGGUGAUGAUCGUAUUGGUGCAUUGACCAACAAGGUUGUACAUAACUCCAAAUUUAACAUUGGGAAUUUGAAUGUGCUCUGUCUUUUCACUCCUUGCCACACAUCUGGUCACAUUUGUUAUUUUGUAACUUCCCCAGAGGAAGGUGGUGAACAAGUUGUUUUCACAGGUGACACACUCUUCCUAGGUGGUUGUGGAAGAUUCUUCGAAGGUACAGCAGAACAAAUGCACAAAGCUCUGAUAGAUAUACUGGGCAAUCUACCUGAACAGACUAAAGUGUUUUGCGGCCACGAGUAUUCCAUACAAAACUUGAAAUUUGCCGCUCAUGUUGAACCGGAAAAUGAAGAUGUUAAGAAUAAAAUCACAUGGUCUCUCCAAAAGCGACAAGAGGGAAAGCCUACUGUACCAUCAACAAUAUUGGAAGAAAAACUAUACAAUCCCUUUAUGAGAGUAACACAAGGACCAGUGAUGAAACACGUCAACAAAGUAGAUCCAAUUGAAACUAUGAAAGCUAUCCGUCUGGAAAAAGACAAUUUUAAAUCCUAAAUAGUAAAGAUUCCCGUCAAUAUAUUGUUUUCCAUUAUUUAUAGUUGUUGUUUUUAAUUUGUAAUUUUUUAUCAAUGAAUACACUUUUGUAUUUUA